CGGCAGCAAGUCAAAGGAGGCGUCUCUUAGGUGGCUAUCGCCAUCGCGGCGUGCCAUGCCUCUCGCUUGUCAGUCGGCAGCCAGUUGGUACUGGUACUGCUGAAGAAACGGGCUCGCUCUUGUAGAAUUGCGGUACUUUCAUUCGAUUAUCGCGGGAACUUUAGUUGCGAAAGUUUUCAGAGAAGUUGUUUUGGGGAAUUCAUGCAAAAACAGCUUUUGCUUAUGGUUCGGAACCCCCCGGCCUUGGCUUUGUUUCAACGAGAAUACACUAGAAUUCUUCUAGAAUUCAGUGGUUUAAAUGGACAGUGUGCAAGUGAGAGUGAGUGUCUGUUACUGGAGUAACAGUUAUCAUGCGGGAGUGCUUUUUUAAAAGUCUACUUUGGUGUCUUCAAAGUACACCUUUUGUUAUUAACAGUUGGAAUAUACCUGCUCCAAGUGGCAUCACUUAUACUAUGACAGCAGGAUCGAUCAAUUUUUGAGUGUACGAAAUGCCACCGACAACGGUCAAUCAACCCCUGAAAAGGGAAAAUGCCUCCACGGCCAAUGUGUUGAUGUGCAAGCAAUGGUGGAAGGUAUGCUGGAUGUAUGGCGAUCAGGAAAAGUACUACCGACAGUUAUACGGAAAGCCCAAAAAUGGGCUGGACGGUAACAAAAGUCUUUUCGGGUCGAAACCUGUCGGUACUGACGGUGCUACAGCUGAACAGCAGUGCAAACUUUCUAAACCUCCUCCCAACCCUCCAUGUCCUAAACCGAACCCCAAGUUCACAAAUCCCAGUCUGAAUAAUGACUGGGCUGUGCAGUACUACCAAAGUACUCGUCUUUUCGAUGAGUCUCCUCCUUUGUCCCAUGUGACACCCUCAUCUGGUGGACUGAAUACCGUAGGGGUGCCGUUUAAUAGUGUAGGUUCCAGUGUUAGUGCAUUAAAUCAGAGUUUCAGUUUCGAGGAAGUUCGCGUGUCUUCACCCAAUCAGCGAACAACGGCGCUCAACAGUCUGGAUUUGACAAAGGGGAUUGUUGAUGAACCAAUUUGCAGAAGUCACCAAUCCCCAGACUCCCUACAGAUGUCGGCACCGCCCACCCAAGGUGGGCUUCCGCCCUUGCCGUCGCCCUUGGGAAACAAGUUGCUGCCUGAACAUUCCGGAGGAGAUCGAUUUCUGGGGAAAGGGUCACCCUUUGGACCCCCUGGGGGCGUGGAUCCUCAAAGACACUCCCAAAGUGACGACGAUAGCGGCUGUGCUUUAGAGGAAUAUACUUGGGUACCACCAGGACUACGACCAGAUCAAGUCCACCUCUACUUCAGCGCUCUACCUGAAGACAAAGUUCCCUAUGUGAACAGUGUGGGAGAAAGAUACAGGGUGCGUCAGCUGCUGCAGCAAUUGCCUCCUCAUGACAACGAAGUGCGCUACUGCCACGCUCUCAGCGACGAAGAGCGGAAAGAGUUGAGGUUGUUCAGCGCCCAACGGAAGAGAGAGGCUCUCGGAAGGGGCGCUGUGAGGCAAAUCCCUGGCACCAUGAGAUGUGACCUGUGCUCGGAAUCCCUCUCAUCGGGGGAUAUUGGAGUGCUGGCAUCCAGAGCAGGGCCCAACAUGGUUUGGCAUCCAGCCUGCUUCACCUGCUGCGUUUGCAGGGAACUGCUGGUGGAUCUAAUCUACUUCUUCAAAGAAGGACGACUGUAUUGUGGAAGGCAUCAUGCGGAAACCGUCAAGCCCAGAUGUAGUGCUUGCGAUGAGAUAAUACUUGCCGAUGAAUGCACCGAAGCAGAAGGACGGGCAUGGCAUAUGAAGCAUUUUGCGUGUUCGGAAUGCGAAAGGCAACUAGGAGGUCAAAGAUACAUAAUGAGAGAUGGACGUCCCUAUUGUUUACACUGUUUCGAUGCCAUGUUUGCGGAAUAUUGCGAUAGCUGUGGAGAACCAAUCGGGGUUGACCAGGGGCAGAUGAGUCAUGAAGGCCAACACUGGCACGCCACUGAGAGCUGUUUCUGUUGCCACACUUGCCGCACCUCAUUGCUGGGAAGGCCAUUCUUGCCCCGUAGAGGAGCCAUCUACUGUUCAAUUGCCUGCAGCAAAGGAGAACCGCCCACACCGUCGGAUAGCAGCGGCCCCGGCACUCGGCUCCCCCGCCACGUUAAGCAACGCGGUAACAAUCCCUCAGGGUCCCAUCAAAACGACAGAGCCGCUUCCCCCAGUGAAACCAGCUCGCCUCCAGGUUCGCCCUCCACCUACCCAGCACACCCCCAGCGUUCCCCGAUCACCAGCACGCCAUCCAGCCCCAUUGGUUCGAUGUGCUCCCCUCAGAACCACCCCGCUCAGUAUUCAUUGAGCAGUGUUAGUCAAAGUCACGUACCUGCUUCCCUGCAAAGUCUCAGCCACACGCCGUCACCGAUCAGAUCGCCGAAAAUGGGGCGGCGAGCCCUACAGCGCAGCCCUAAACCUGGAGGCUCUUUGGCUAGCACUCCCACACCUUCGGAAAGCGGCGACAAGGAGUUUGAGGCCCGAGAAGCCACCAGUAGGGAGGUUGAAGAUCGAAUUGGAGGGACGGAGAAGAGCCUCGAUAGGGUUCUGUUGGAGCGAAACCUAGACAGGCUGCUUUCUGAGCGAGGCAACUCGACGCAUCAUUCUCCCGAUCUGGAAAAGUUGCUCAGCGCGAGGGACAGGAGCAGAGAACCGUUGCACUUAGCAGACCUAAGUCUGGAUGAUUGGGCGGAUAGGCUAAGCUACGAUGGCGACAAGAAAGACGAUUACCCAGCCAAAGAAGAAAAAGUUGGUGCUAAAGGCCUGGAACAGGGUACAGUGCACGCUAAUAGCAUGCCAGAGCUACCUAUUCCUCAUCGUGGAGCUUCCACGGCGACUCCAGAUUCGCCCACCAAGAAAGCGCGCGGUUUGUUAAGCGUCCGGUUUCAAGGAGACAAUGAAGCAUUYGAAGCUGAUGAGGCCGAUAACGCAAGCGUUGAAGCUGCAGCUAAACGGUUUCCUCGAAGCAGGAGUUACAGUGGCGGCGGCCGAGAAAGAAAAUAYGCKGACACAUUGCAACGCAAAAGCAAAACACCGCGGAAAACUACUUCGGAUAGUCAUGUGGCUUCAAGCUCUCGUCGAGCAUCGCACCGUGAUGACGACUCAAACAGCUACUGUUCAACCUGUUCUUCCAGUUCCUCCUCAGACGAUCUAGACUAUCAGCUGCCUCCAAGAAGAGCGUACGGCGGAGUGCGGAUUUCUUAUGUGCCAAAUGAUGCCCUUGCAAUCGCGCGAAGAAGACAGCAGGCCAGCCCAAAGAGCCCCAGCAAGAGCAAAGCCCCAUUGGAUGAAAGGGAUAAGAACUGCAUAAUUUCCUGAUAUCGAAUUCUAGAUAGAAUGAAGGUUUUGUUAAACAGUGGUGGAGUCAGAAGGGAGAUUUGCUAAAAUGAUAAAGAUUAAUCUUUUUGGGAAACUUUUGCCAUAGAACAACUUUUGAACAACUGUGUAUAAUUUCAUUCGCACUUAUUAAACGUAUUUUAAACUGUAAAUUUUGUACGCGAAAUUUUAUACAGUAGGGUAAGAAGUUACCGGAUAAUCUCAGUAAAUAAGGCUGCUAACAAAACAUGAUGUCCUAAAUUAAUCUGAAACGGUGUACAAAUCUCUUAGGUUUUAUGUAGAUAGGUUUUGUACAAUUUUUGUAAUUUUAUAUGAAUUCAUUUAAAACUUACGAUUAUUUAUAACACUUUUUGUCGUGUCACCAUCCUGUUCAGGAAAUGUAGCGUUUAGAAACCAGAUAAUAAUUACGCAAUCUCAGUUUCUUGUAAAGUAGGUACUUAUUUAUGAAAACAUAAUAUAUUGUUUUAGUUAUAUGGAAUGUUGUACAUUGUAUAUAAUGUGAUUUUCAAUGAAACAUUAUAAAUAAAUGAAGACUUUUCCCUUGAA